GUUUUCAUGCCAGUCACGUGUCCACUGGAUCCACUCGUGUGAACCGACUUGAAGGGGAUUUAAACUCGUUUCAGAAUAACUUUUUCUUUUUUGAAAUGCUGUGUCACACAGUGGUUUCAUGAACAGCCCCCCAGUUGCUGGUGGAGUAGGCGUUACCUCGGAACAUCUGACUCGCAGAGAGGCUUGGAUGCUUUGUUCAUUCCAGCCAGGGGCAGUUGGAGGAUGGGCUCUGUACUUCAUGGUUAUGCUUUUGUUUCCCUUGGGCUCCAUUAACAGCUGUAAGAAAACUGGGAGGUGUUUGAAAGAGACGCCUGCGAGAAAAAAAAAAAAACAAUAACCUACUUUAAGUGCAUGUGUCAGAGUCUAUCGGACUGGAGAGGCGAGCUAGCGGAGAUCGGUGCUGGCUACAAACUACCAGUAAUCUGCACGGAAGCUAGCGAUGUACCAGAAGGGUUGACAAUUGACCUCCGUGUUCCUGACUGCCGGGGAGAGGCAAUAUUAAUAGUAAUAAUACUAUAGUCUAAUACUUGGCAGACAAGUACAUCAAGGAUUAAGGGGAAAUUUACAAGGAGAGAAUAAACAUGGCGACAAGUGGGGGGCUUCUAUGACUUUGUGGACAUUGUAAAUAAAAAGAACACACACACACACACACACACACACACACACACACACACACACACACACACACACACACACAACAAGUUCUGGAUGCAAUGCUGUACACCAAGGAGUUUCAUAUCUGUAAGUAAAAACUAGUACAGAAGAAUCAGGAUGAAAAGAUGGCAACCUUGUUGUUACCACCGGGUCCUGACAGCUUGCACCGGUUCACUCGUGAAUCCCUGGCUGCUAUCGAGAACCGCAUUGCCGCGGAGCAGGCCCGGAAUGCCAAGCAGGAGUACCGAGAGGUUCUGGGAGACCAGGAAAAGCCACGGCCGAGACCCGACCUCGAGGCCAGCAAGCAGCUGCCACGCAUAUACGGGGAUAUCCCACCCCACCUCAUCGGAGAGCCUCUGGACGAUCUUGACCCUUUUUACAACUGCAAAAAAACAUUUAUAGUACUGAACAAAGGAAAGGCGAUCUUCCGAUUUAAUGGGACGUCUGCCCUGUACAUAUUUAGUCCUUUCCAUCCAAUCAGAAGAGCUUCAAUUAAAGUUUUAGUGCAUUCAUUGUUCAGUUUGUUUAUAAUGUGCACUAUUCUGACCAACUGUGUGUUCAUGGCCAUGUCUGAACCAUAUUCCUGGGCCAAGUAUGUUGAGUACACUUUCACUGGCAUUUACACUUUUGAAUCCAUGAUAAAAAUCCUGGCGAGAGGAUUCUGCAUUGGCCACUUUACCUUCCUGCGAGACCCAUGGAAUUGGUUGGAUUUCAGUGUUAUUCUCAUGGCAUAUGUUACUGAGUUUGUGGACCUGGGCAAUGUCUCAGCCUUAAGAACGUUCAGAGUACUGCGAGCCCUGAAAACUAUCUCUGUCAUUCCAGGCUUGAAAACCAUUGUAGGCGCACUAAUCCAGUCUGUGAAAAAGCUGGCCGACGUGAUGAUUCUGACAGUUUUCUGCCUAAGUGUGUUUGCCCUCAUUGGUCUUCAGCUCUUCAUGGGCAACCUUCGUCAGAAGUGUGUCAGAGACUAUGAGAAAUUAAACACUUCCCUCAAUGGCACCUUCUACUGGGACGAUGACUGGCCGUCCUAUGAGAAUUUCAUCAUCAAUGAAACCAACUUCUAUAAGAUAGAAGGAGCCAAGGAUCCCUUACUAUGUGGAAAUGGGUCUGACGCUGGGAAUUGUCCUGAUGGAUACGUUUGCGUCAAGACAGGAGACAACCCAAAUUACGGCUAUACCAGUUUCGACACCUUCGGCUGGGCCUUUCUUGCUCUGUUUCGCCUCAUGACUCAAGACUACUGGGAAAAUCUUUAUCAGCAGACUCUCCGAUCCGCGGGUAAGACCUACAUGAUCUUCUUCGUGCUGGUCAUCUUCUUGGGGUCCUUCUACCUGGUCAACCUGAUCCUGGCCGUGGUAGCGAUGGCUUAUGAGGAGCAGAACCAGGCGACCAUCGCAGAGGCCUGGCAUAAAGAGAAGGAAUUUCAGGAGGCCAUGGAACGGCUGAAAAAGGAACAGCAGGCAGUUUCUAACAUCGCACAGGAGACUCUGGCAUUGUCACCGCUCACUGUGAAAGACACCAAAGAUAGAAAGAAUUCGAAACAAAGGCAGCAGAGUCACUCAGAGGAGAAUGGAGAGGAUGGCGAGGAAGAGGAGAGAUCCCAGUUAGACUGUGAUGACAACCCACUGAAGGCUCACCCAUGCAUUAGCAGGGCGCUCCUCUCUGCCAGCAGAAGGGGAAGCCAUGGGAGCAUCUUUCAUUUCCGUCCCAGAAACAAGGACUCUGAGGCGGAUUUUGCAGAUGAUGAGUACAGUGUGCCGGGGGACAGCGACAGCCGCACAGGUUCGCUCUUGGUACCCUGGUCCAGAAGGAAGAACAGCAGCCUAAGCAUAGCCAGCCAUUGCUCUCAAACCAACAUCCCCAGCCUGACCAUCAACGGGAAGUUGAACAUCCACAUGGAUCAUAAUGGAGUGGAGUGUUUGGGGCCCCCUUCAUCGCUAACCCUGCCUGCAGUGGUGGUGGAUCUGCCAACUACGGAAGAGAACCAGAAAACCUUCCCUGAAAAUGAGUUAAGCAGCAGGCAGAACGCUCACCGGCUUUCCGUGGAUACCUGGAGCGAGACAUUCCAGAGAGAGCGAGCUCUGAGUGCAGCCAGCGUUCUCACCAACGCCAUGGAAGAGCUGGAAGAGUCGAAUCAGAAGUGCCACCCCUGCUGGUAUCGCUUUGCACAGAGGUAUCUGAUCUGGGACUGCUGUCCGCUGUGGCUGAGGGUGAAAGAAAAGGUGAAUAUGGUGGUGAUGGACCCCUUUCUGGACUUGGCUAUUACCAUCUGCAUCGUCCUCAACACCCUCUUCAUGGCUCUGGAGCACUACCCAAUGACAGAUGACUUUAGCAAAAUGCUGUUUGUGGGUAACCUGGUGUUCACUGGGAUCUUCACUGCGGAGAUGCUGUUUAAAAUCGUUGCCAUGGAUCCCUACGAAUACUUCCAGCAGGGCUGGAACAUCUUUGACAGCAUCAUCGUCUGCCUCAGUCUGAUGGAGCUGGGUCUCUCCAAUGUGGAGGGGCUGUCUGUGCUGCGCUCUUUCAGACUGUUAAGGGUCUUCAAGCUGGCAAAGUCGUGGCCGACCUUGAACACGCUGAUUAAGAUCAUCGGGAACUCUGUAGGUGCCUUGGGGAACCUGACCCUGGUCCUGGCCAUCAUUGUCUUCAUUUUUGCCGUGGUGGGAAUGCAGCUGUUUGGGAAAAGCUACACUGACUGUGUCUGCAAGAUCAAUAAGGACUGCAAGCUGCCUCGGUGGCACAUGACAGACUUCUUCCAUGCCUUCCUUAUCGUUUUCCGCGUGCUGUGCGGAGAGUGGAUUGAAACCAUGUGGGAUUGUAUGCAAGUCGCAGGGGAGCCCCUGUGCCUCAUUGUCUUCAUGCUGGUCAUGGUGAUUGGGAACCUAGUGGUACUGAACCUCUUCCUGGCUUUGCUGCUGAGCUCAUUCAGUGCCGACAAUCUGACGGCCCCCGACGACGAUGGCGAGAUGAACAAUCUCCAGAUCGCUUUCGCGCGAAUCCAGCACGGCAUCACAUUUCUCAAGAAUGCAGUUUACGACUUCCUCAGCGGAGACUUCAAGAAGCGGAGGGAAAAAGCCAAGGAGGCCAACGCCAUGACUGCCCUCAACUACCUGGGCAACCACACGGGAGAGCCUGGCGCCAAGGACUGGAGGGAGGGCAACGGGACCACCGGUGGCAUCGGACGAGAGAAGUACGUGCUCCCUGACACUGACAACUACAUGACCAACCCCAACCUGUGCAUCAAUGUGCCCAUUGCUCCUGGGGAGUCUGAUGUGGAGCUCCCUGAAGAAGAUGCACAGAGCAUCUACAGCGACAUGGAGCUCAGCAAAGAGAAGCUGGAUGAGAUCAGCCUAUCUGAAGGCAGCACGGUGGACCUGAGGAAGCCUGGGGAGGAUGAGGACGAGGAGUCAGAACUGGACGAGGAGGCCUUGGACCCAGAGGACUGCUUUUCCCAAAGGUGCGUGCGUCAGUUCCCAUGCUGUGACAUUAACACCACACAGGGAGCUGGCAGGGCCUGGUGGACACUCCGAAAAACCUGCUUCAGAAUUGUGGAGCACAGCUGGUUUGAAACGUUUAUCAUCUUUAUGAUUCUACUCAGCAGUGGAGCUCUUGCAUUUGAAGAUGUCAACAUAGAAAAAAGAAAAGUGAUAAAAAACGUUCUGGAAUACGCAGAUAAGGUGUUCACGUAUGUGUUCAUUCUUGAAAUGCUGCUAAAAUGGGUAGCGUAUGGCUUUAAGAAGUAUUUCACCAAUGCUUGGUGCUGGCUCGAUUUUGUAAUCGUGGAUGUCUCUUUAAUAAGCCUUGUAGCUAGCACCCUGGGAUACUCGGACUUCGCAGCCAUUAAAUCUCUUAGGACCCUCCGAGCUUUGAGACCAUUAAGAGCCUUGUCCCGAUUCGAAGGCAUGAGGGUGGUGGUGAAUGCACUUGUUGGUGCUAUCCCUUCUAUCAUGAACGUGCUGCUGGUCUGUCUGAUCUUCUGGUUGAUUUUUAGCAUAAUGGGAGUGAACUUGUUUGCAGGCAAGUUUGGAAGGUGUGUAAAUAGCACAGACCUACAAAUCUUCAAUGCUUCCGAGAUAAAUAACAAAACUGAAUGCGACUCCUGCGGGAACGCCACCUACUGGACCAGAGUGAAAGUGAACUUCGACAAUGUUGGCGCUGGGUACCUGGCCCUCCUGCAAGUUGCAACAUUCAAAGGCUGGAUGGAAAUAAUGUAUGCAGCAGUGGAUUCACGUGGUGUAGAAGACCAGCCAAUUAAGGAAGUAAACCUGUACAUGUACCUUUAUUUCGUAGUCUUCAUCAUCUUUGGGUCUUUCUUCACCUUAAAUCUCUUUAUAGGUGUGAUCAUUGACAACUUUAACCAGCAAAAAAGAAAGUUAGGUGGACAGGAUAUUUUUAUGACUGAAGAACAGAAAAAGUACUACAAUGCAAUGAAAAAGCUUGGAUCCAAAAAACCCCAGAAGCCAAUUCCAAGGCCAAGGAACAAAUUCCAAGGAUUAGUUUUCGAUAUGGUGUCAAAGCAAGCCUUUGACAUCUUCAUCAUGAUUCUAAUCUGCCUGAACAUGGUCACCAUGAUGGUGGAAACAGAUGAACAGCCUAAACACAUGGAGAACAUCCUUUACUACAUCAACCUGGCCUUCGUUGUGAUCUUCACUGGGGAGUGCUGCCUCAAGCUCAUUGCUCUCCGCUGCUACUACUUUACCAUCGGGUGGAACAUCUUCGACUUCGUGGUGGUCAUCCUCUCCAUUGUGGGGAUUGUGCUUGCUGACCUGAUAGAAAUGUACUUUGUGUCGCCGACAUUAUUCAGAGUUAUUCGACUUGCGCGCAUUGGACGUGUCCUUCGACUAAUUCGUGGAGCCAAGGGAAUUAGAACUCUGCUUUUUGCCUUAAUGAUGUCUCUUCCUGCUCUGUUCAACAUUGGUCUUCUCCUUUUCCUUGUCAUGUUCAUCUAUGCCAUUUUCGGCAUGGCAAACUUUGCCUAUGUGAAAAAGCACUAUGGGAUUGAUGACAUGUUCAAUUUCGAAACAUUUGGUAACAGCAUGAUCUGUCUUUUCCAAAUCACCACUUCAGCAGGGUGGGAUGGCCUCCUCAACCCUAUCUUGAACACUGAACCGGAGUGCGACCCAAAUUUUGAACACCCUGGAAGUACAGUGAGGGGGAACUGCGGGAACCCCUCUGUCGGUAUCUUCUUCUUUGUCAGCUAUAUCAUCAUAUCAUUUCUCAUCGUCGUCAACAUGUACAUAGCUAUCAUCUUGGAGAACUUCAGCGUAGCCACGGAGGAAAGCACGGAGCCUCUGGGCGAGGAUGACUUUGAUAUGUUCUACGAGGUCUGGGAGAAGUUCGAUCCUGAAGCCACGCAGUUCAUUGAGUACUGCAAGCUGACCAACUUUGCGGAUGCCCUGCAGGAGCCGCUGCGGAUCGCCAAGCCCAACAGAAUAAAGCUGAUCUCCAUGGACCUGCCCAUGGUCAGUGGGGAUAAAAUCCACUGCCUGGACAUUCUGUUUGCUUUCACCAAAAGGGUUCUUGGGGAGUCUGGAGAGAUGGAUGCUCUGAAGCAGCAGAUGGAGGAGAAGUUCAUGAUGGCCAAUCCUUCAAAGAUCUCCUAUGAGCCCAUCACCACCACGCUCAGACGGAAGCAGGAGGAGGUGUCGGCUAUCAUAAUUCAGAGGUCCUACAGGAGACACCUUCUCCGGCGCUCCAUGAGGCAGGCUUCCUACCUGUAUCGCCACAGAUCUAGCGAUGGCAACGUUACUGUGGAGAACGCUCCCGAGAAGGAAGGUCUCAUAGCAUCCAUGAUAAAUGAAAACUAUGGCCAUCAGCUGGAAAUGAUGGAGACUAUGUCCUCCACCUCCUCUCCGCCAUCUUAUGACAGUGUCACCAGAGUUGCUAAUGACCCUAUACAAGUGCUUGUGAUUGAUUCUAGAAACACUGGGUUCAAUGAACCCUGCACACAUAUUGACAGAGACAGGGAGACAUUUCUGUAACACUGGUUAUGAACUGCUUUACCGAAUGUAACAUAACUAAAACGACACUGACUUAGUCUUGUUCUACACUGAGUUGCAAAACAAAACCACAGGGUUUAUUAUUAUUAUUAUUAUUAUUAUUAUUAUUAUUAUUAUUUUUUUUUUUUUUUUUUUUUUUUUGUCAACCACCUUGGUUGGAUAAAUUAAGGGAAUGUUUUAUCACAGAAACUACCCUUUGACCCUGCUUAUGUUAACUAUGCUUCACAUUUAUAUGCAUGAAGGGCCUGUGCAGGGUCGCUACAAGUAUAUCACUGAUGUAAUAAUCAUCUAUUGGGCUGAAAAAAACAAAACCAAUACAAGCUAUUUACAAACAAUGCCUGACUGUAUGCAUUCAUUGAAGGUCUUCCUUAUA